CGACACCCAGUGAAGGGCCAGCUCCUGCCUGCCUGCCUCGCACCUAGGGGAUUUGGCCCGGAGAGCGAGAUUACCCUCUCAAUGAAGGGCAGAUGUCCCUUUAAGGUUUGCUUUGCAGCCCGUGGACUUUAGCCUAAACACCGACCCGCGAAGUUGGCUUUAUUUGUCCAUGUCUCGGACAGAGCCUGGGAGGCUGCCAGUUUCAGACCAAGAGCGCGAAGGGGCGGGCGAUGUGGCAAUCCGUCUGGGAUGUGAAAACCUAGCAGCGUUCUACUGAAACCCAGGGAAUCGCUCCUCGGUGUCGCCUGGGGCUGCAGCUGGCUGGGGACCAGGACCAGGACCGGCAGAGGCAAUCCAAGUGGCCUAGAGCACACAGCGUCGGCGUGGGUGCUACCAGCUCCAGUCCCGUCCCGCCCCGUCCUGCCCGCGGACCCAGCGCGUCCGGGACCCGACGCUCCAGCCAUGGCCCCCGCGCGCCUCGCCAGCCCAGGGGUCGCUGUCGCCUGCUGCUGGCUCCUCAUGGUUGUUCUAGGCGUCUGUGAAUCAUUCAAUGUUGAUGUGAAGAAUUCAAUGAGUUUCAAGGGCUCAGUGGAGGACAUGUUUGGAUAUACAGUUCAACAAUAUGAAAAUGAAGAAGGAAAAUGGGUGCUUAUUGGUUCUCCUUUAGUUGGCCAGCCCCAAACCAGAACUGGAGAUGUUUAUAAAUGUCCAGUUGGGAGAGGUGGAUCAUUACCUUGUAUAAAGUUGGAUCUACCAGUGAAUACAUCAAUUCCCAAUGUCACAGAUGUAAAAGAGAAUAUGACUUUUGGAUCAACUUUAGUCACCAACCCAAAAGGAGGGUUUCUGGCGUGUGGGCCCUUAUAUGCUUAUAGAUGUGGACAUUUGCAUUACACAACUGGAAUCUGUUCUGACAUCAGCCCCACAUUCCAAGUGGUGAACUCCUUUGCCCCUGUACAAGAGUGCAGUACACAGCUGGACAUAGUCAUCGUGCUGGAUGGCUCCAACAGCAUUUACCCCUGGGAAAGUGUCACAGCUUUUUUGAAUGACCUUCUUAAAAGAAUGGACAUUGGUCCGAAACAGACACAGGUUGGAAUUGUACAGUAUGGAGCAAACGUAACCCAUGAGUUCAACCUCAAUAAGUAUUCAUCUACAGAAGAAGUACUUGUUGCAGCAAAAAAGAUCAGCAGGAGAGGUGGCCUCCAGACUAUGACAGCUCUGGGAAUAGACACAGCAAGGAAGGAGGCAUUCACUGAAGCCCGAGGUGCUCGAAGGGGAGUUAAAAAAGUGAUGGUUAUUGUGACUGAUGGAGAGUCUCAUGACUCCUAUGAUCUGAAAAAGGUCAUCCAAGACUGUGAAGAUGAAAACAUUCAGCGAUUUUCCAUAGCUAUUCUUGGCCACUAUAACCGAGGGAAUUUAAGCACUGAAAAAUUUGUGGCAGAAAUAAAAUCAAUUGCAAGUGAACCCACCGAAAAGCAUUUCUUCAAUGUCUCAGAUGAAUUGGCCCUUGUCACUAUUGUCAAAGCUUUGGGAGAAAGAAUAUUUGCCCUGGAAGCUACAGCUGACCAGUCAGCAGCGUCAUUCGAAAUGGAAAUGUCUCAGACCGGUUUCAGUGCUCAUUAUUCACAGGACUGGGUCAUGCUGGGAGCAGUAGGAGCCUAUGACUGGAAUGGAACAGUUGUCAUGCAGAAGGCCAAUCAAAUCAUAAUCCCUCAAAACACAACCUUUCAAGUCGAGUCUGCCAAAGAGAAUGAGCCUCUUGCUUCCUAUUUAGGUUACACCGUGAACUCUGCCACAGUCUCUGGAGAUGUGCUUUAUAUCGCUGGACAGCCUCGGUACAAUCACACAGGCCAGGUCAUCAUCUACAAGAUGGAGGAUGCAGAUGUCAAGAUUCUCCAGACACUCAAUGGAGAUCAGAUUGGUUCCUACUUUGGCAGUGUUUUAACAACAGUCGACAUUGAUAAAGAUUCUAAUACUGACAUUCUUCUUGUCGGGGCUCCAAUGUACAUGGGAACAGAGAAAGAAGAACAAGGAAAAGUAUACGUGUACACCCUGAAUAAGACAAGGUUUGCAUAUCAGAUGAGCCUGGAACCAAUUAAACAGGCUUGCUGUUCAUCUCUGAAGCACAAUUCAUGCACAAAAGAGAACACAAAUGAACCAUGCGGGGCUCGCUUUGGAACAGCGAUUGCUGCAGUCAAAGACCUUAAUGUUGAUGGGUUUAAUGACGUGGUGAUAGGAGCCCCCCUAGAAGACGACCACGCUGGAGCUGUGUACAUUUAUCAUGGCAGUGGCAAGACCAUAAGGAAAGAGUAUGCACAACGUAUUCCUUCAGGUGGGGAUGGCAAGACACUAAAAUUUUUUGGCCAGUCUAUACAUGGAGAAAUGGAUUUGAAUGACGAUGGUCUGACUGAUGUGACUAUUGGAGGCCUUGGCGGUGCUGCCCUCUUCUGGUCUCGAGAUGUGGCUGUGGUUAAAGUGACCAUGAACUUUGAACCUAAUAAAGUGAAUAUUCAAAAGAAAAACUGCCAUAUGGAGGGAAAGGAAACUGUGUGUAUAAAUGCUACAAUAUGUUUUGAUGUGAAACUAAAGUCUAAAGAAGACUCUGUUUACAAAGCUGAUAUGCAGUACCGUGUCACUUUAGAUUCAUUAAGACAGAUAUCACGAAGUUUUUUCUCCGGAACCCAAGACAGAAGGAUCCUAAGAAACAUCACAGUCCAAGACUCAGAAUGUACUAAGCACUCCUUCUACAUGUUGGACAAGCAUGACUUCCAGGAUUCUGUGAGGAUAACUUUGGAUUUUAAUCUCACUGAUCCAGAAAAUGGGCCUGUUCUUGAUGAUUCUCUACCAAACUCGGUACAUGAACAUAUUCCCUUCGCCAAAGAUUGUGGAAACAAGGAAAAAUGUAUCACAGACCUCACCCUGGCUGUAACCACCACAGAGAAAGACCUGCUUGUUGUCAGGUCCCAGAGCGACAAGUUCAAUGUCAGCCUCACUGUCAGGAACAAAAGGGACAGUGCCUAUAACACCAGAACAAUUGUGCAGUAUUCUCCGAAUCUCAUUUUCUCAGGAAUUGAGGGGAUCCAAAAAGACAGUUGUGAAUCCAAUCAUAAUCUCACAUGUAAAGUUGGCUAUCCUUUUCUGAGAACAGGAGAAAUGGUAACUUUCAAAAUAUUAUUUCAGUUUAAUACAUCAUAUCUCAUGGAAAAUGUGACCAUUCAUUUAAGUGCAACAAGUGACAGUGAAGAGCCUGCUGAAUCUCUUUCUGAUAAUGGAGUUAAUAUUUCUAUCCCAGUAAAAUAUGAAGUUGGACUACAGUUUUACAGCUCUGCAAGUGAGUAUCAUAUUUCAAUUUCGGCCAAUGAGACAAUCCCUGAAGUUAUUAAUUCCACUGAAGACAUUGGAAGUGAAAUUAAUAUUUUCUACAUGAUUAGAAAAAGGGGACAUUUUCCAAUGCCAGAGCUUCAGCUGUCGGUUUCAUUCCCCAAUUUGACGUCUGAUGGUUAUCCUGUCUUGUAUCCAACUGGAUGGUCCUCUUCCGAUAAUGCAAACUGCAGACCCCAGAGUCUUGAGGAUCCUCUUGGAAUCAACUCUGGAAAGAAAAUGAUCAUAUCAAAGUCGGAAGAUCUCAAACGAGGCACACUGCUGGACUGCAGUACGUGUAAGCUUGCUACCAUCACAUGCAAUCUUAUCCCUUCUGACUUGAGCCAAGUGAACAUUUCACUCAUCUUGUGGAAACCAACUUUUGUAAAAGCACAUUUUUCCAGCUUAAAUCUGACAAUCAGGGGAGAACUUUGGAGUCAAAAUGCAUCUCUGGUUUUAAGUAGUAGCAACCAAAAAAGAGAGCUUGCUAUUCAAAUAUCCAAAGAUGGACUCCCAGGCAGAGUGCCACUGUGGGUUAUUCUCUUGAGUGCAUUUGCCGGGCUGUUGCUGCUGCUCUUGCUGAUACUUCUUCUCUGGAAGAUUGGUUUCUUCAAAAGACCACUAAAGAAGAAAAUGGAGAAAUGAAAAUGUUUUUCAAGAGAAAAUGAAAAACAAUUACUCAAUGAUCCAUGUUCCUCAGGUUAGCCUCAAACAUGUGACAAGAAAUCUACAAAAA